UAAUCUUAGCUUGGCACGAGUGAAGCUAAAUGCAUAUACAUAUAUUCUCACUUUUGCAUAUAGAAUUAUUUUGUUCGUAAAUCCUUCAACGAAAAAAAAUUGAAAUGCAGCAAAUAACUUUCAAGGAAGUAGAUUUACUAACAAAUUUAAGGAGACGAAUUUCAGACCUGAAUUUACCUCAAGUACAAGAAGAGGACAAAUGUUUAGUAAGAUGGCUAAGAGCUCGAAACCACAGCUUGGAUGCAGCUGAGGCAAUGAUACGACAGAAUCAAUUAUGGAUCCGAGCGAUGAAUCUUGACCUGCUCGUACUAGAAGGGGAUCCAGAUAGUUAUGCAAACAACUUUCCCUGGUACUUCUUCGGCAAUGACAAGGACGGAAAUCCAGUGUUUUGUUUUCUAUGUGGACGCUAUGACAUUCGAGGUGCAAUUUCGAGAGGUGAAAUGUCUCUUUGUAAAAAAUCUUCCAUUAAACGGAUGGAACUGAUUUGGAGAUGUUGUCAACGUAAAUCUUUGGGGAAACCAAUUAUGGGUCAAGCAGUCCUCAUUAUUGACAUGGCCGGUCUUUCUUUCUCCCAAGUUACUUCCUAUGAAGCAACCCAGUUAGUUAUUCAGGUUUGUCGAAUUUCUGAACAGAAUUAUCCGGAAAUGUUACGAAUGGGAUUUGUGAUUAAUGCCCCUACAGCGUUCCGUCUAUGCUACAAAAUUCUGCAUCAUGUUUUGGAUAAGAACACUUUUAGCAAGAUAACGGUUCUUGGUUCAGACCCGGCUGUUUGGAGAAAGGAGAUUGGCGCAAUGGUAGCGUUUAGUCAAUUCCCGAAAAAAUACGGGGGAGAUGGUGACAAUAAUUUGAAGAUGGGCUUUGAGUGUGACUGAGACACCUCAUUUCAACUACGAAGCUUAAUUGCGAAUAAAACUAAAAAAUAGAUAUGUACACAUGAGAAUCUUAAUUAAGUAAUAAUCAAGUCUUACCUGUGGGUUUAGAUAAUUCCUCACAUAUGUAAAUAUGUACAUGUGUCCAUAUGUAAAUGUAUGCAUAUAUUUGUCGCCCUCUCAUUCCGAAUGUUACGAUUGAUCUUUUUUAAAAAAACAGAAUACUUACAAUAAUCUGAAUAAAUAUUUACAAGUUA